AUGAAAUUAUUUAAUAUUGUAUUAUUGUUAUCUAUUGUUUGCUUGGCUUCAGCAGGUACCCGUCAUUAUCAAAAGAAUGUUGGAGCUGCUAAAUCAUGGUCUGGUUAUUAUAAUGUAAACCAAACUACUGAUGCCAACCUUUUCUAUUGGUUCUUUGAAUCUCAAGGUAACCCCGCUACCGAUCCAUUCAUUAUCUGGUUGACAGGUGGACCAGGUUGCAGUUCGGAGCUCGCCAUCUUUUAUGAGAAUGGACCAUUCCAUUUAACCGAUAACCUUCAAUUGACACCAAAUCCAUAUUCAUGGAACACUGUUGCCAAUGUUUUGUACGUCGAUUCACCAGUCGGUACUGGUUUCAGUUAUGUCAGUGAUCCAAAUGGUUAUUCCACCGACGAAGAUGAGGUCGCUGAGAACCUCUACCGUAUGCUUAGCCAGUUCAUGAAUGACAACUCACAGUUUGCCAAUUUACCAUUCUAUAUUUUUGGUGAGUCUUAUGCCGGUCAUUACGUUCCAGCUCUCGCAUACUACAUGUACGUCAAGAACCAAGAUCCAUUUUCCACUCAUUUCAACCUCAAGGGUAUUGCUGUUGGUAAUGCCAUGGUAGAUCCAUUAGUCCAAUAUGGUUCUUUGGGUCCAUUCGCCUUUGCCCAUGGUUUAAUCGGACCAUUGGCACUCAAAGAGACCGAAGGAUUGUAUGCUUCAUGUGUUGAUGCCAUUAACUCUGGAAGUUACAACGACAGUAACACCAUCUGUAACGAGAUUAUGAACGUCAUUCAAGAGUAUGCCGGUCCAUUCAACCCAUAUGAUGUUCGUUUAACCUGUCCACCAUCACUCCCACUUUGCUACAACUUCACCUUGGCCACCGAAUACUUGUCAUUGCCAUCUGUUCGUCAACAACUUGGUGUUCCAGCAAACGCUUCAUGGCAAUUAUGCAGCAGCACCGUCUAUGCUGAUAUCAUCAAUGACUGGUGGAAUACUGAAGUCGAGCAUAUCCCAGUAUUAUUGCAAGCAGGUAUCAAGACUUUGGUCUACAAUGGAAAUAUGGGUUGGAUCUGUAACUACUUGGGUUCACAAGCUUGGGUUUCUCAAUUGGACUGGCCAAACAACCAACAAUGGAAUAAUGCUCCAAGAAAGAUUGUUAUGAAUGGACAAGACAUUGGUGGUUACACACAAUCAUAUGGUGGAUUGACACUUAUGUCCGUAAACAAUGCCGUUUUCUAA